UGUGCUUCUAAUUGGCUGCCUCUGGAUGACGCCGGCCUGUGUUUUCCCAAGGUCACGUGGUCUGGCAGUCACGUGAGAGAGGGAGAGGGGACUCGAACAAAAUGUCAGGACCAAAUGGGGACCCGAUGGUGCAGCUGGGAGAAGCGACAGGAGAUGAAGAUUAUGCAGCCUUGGACUUUAUGUUGGAUCAGAUCAAUUUCUGCCUGGAUCACCUAGAGGAGAAGAAUGACCAAUUGCAUGCCCAGCUGCAGGACUUGCUGGAGUCCAAUCGGCAGGCCCGGCGGGACUUCCAAAUGCAGAUCCUUCAGGAUUCAACAAACCGUCCCACUGGGGAGCAUUCUGACAUGUGACCCACUAUUCUAUGAUCUCUGUUGGGGGCAGUCAGAUCCCACACAAUAAACUGCACUAAUGCCUAGAACAUAUUCCUUAACUGGACCUGAUCCUGCCGUUAGUCUCAUAUCUGGAAGUCUGAUAGAUACCCCCAGAGUUUUCCGUACCGUAUGCAAUUUAUCCUUUGUAUGUCUGCAUUGAAAGUGGCUGAGAAUAUAUGGAUAUUUCAGUUGACUCGGUGGGGGGGGGGUGGAGAUUUAAAGGACAACUGAAGACUUACAAAAAUAAAAUUCUUUUAGGGCUGCUGUAUGAUCGAGCUUGCACGGCAGCCCCAUACACUGAGAAUUUUUGUAAUCCUAUCACCUACCAGAUGUUUCCCUGUAAAACAGGCACCUCCCACCAAACUUUGGUACUGUAUAUUCAAAAUGGGCUCAUAAUAUUUAAGGGGGUUAGGCAAGGAGGAGAUCAGUAUUUCUAUCCAUUGAGAUGGUCACAGUUUAGCCUUAGAAUUGUCUCAAUGGCUAGGACUGCUGCUCUCCUCUACCAAUAGCAAUAUCUGAGGAUUUUAGUUUGGCAAUCUGGAGAGAUAUCUGCUUCUUGCUCAUUUAUUUCUAUGUUACUUGACCUUUAAAAAGUCAAAAGAAACAUAGUGAUGCACUAAUGGGUAGAACUGGAACAACUUUAGGAACAAGCAAUUAUUUUGGGUAGUGCCAGUAGGGCAAAGCUAUGUUCUUUUCUUCCCAUUAAAUGAUAAGAAUAAAUAUUCCUGAAAACA